AUGCAUGUGCAGAGCCGCCACAAAAGAGCCUGGAUCAUCACCUCCUUCACGAUAGAAGAGGGUCACCCCGGCCCGUUCCCCUACGAGCUGGGCAAAAUUGACAUCGAGCGAGCUUACAGAGUUUACUUUGGGCUCUACGGAGAAGGGGUGGACGAGGAUCCCAAAGGGGUUCUGUCCAUAGACAAGGAAAGUGGCCUGAUCUAUGUGCACAAAGCGGUGGACUACGAGGAGAAGCAGAUGCUGACGUUGCAUUUUGAAACCAAAAAAUCCGACUUCUCUUUGGAUACAAAAUUAGGCGUUCAAAUCUCCAUACUUGACAUCAACGACAACCCCCCUGUUUUCCAAAGGAGUUUGUAUGAAAUAACAACGCCAGAAGACACAGCCCAAGGUUCAUUCCUCAUGACCGUGUUGGCCCAGGACCGAGACCAGCAAGGAUCCCCCAACUCCACCUUUCACUACACCAUCAAGUCUGCGUCCCCACAAACAGAAAACGCCCAGUUCUUUAUCGACAAGGACACGGGCAAAAUCUCAUUCAAAGGAUGUUUGGAUCAUGAGGCGAUAGAGGCAAUAGACCACGGUGAUGAGAUCAGCCUGUCCAGCUCAACCACAGUGGUCAUCAAGAUCCAGGACGGAAACAACCAUCUGCCCACCAUCAGCGGCCAAACGGGGAGUGGGAAAGUAAAGGAAGGGGAGAGUGGGACGUCUCCUCUGAGGGUCCAUGUGACAGACAGAGACAGCCCUCAGAGCCCCGCGUGGAGAGCCAGGUACGCCAUCAGAGGAGCGGACGCCCAGCACUUUAAGAUCGAGACGGACCCAGAGACUAACGAUGGCAUUCUCACGGUGCUCACUCCGCUCAACUACGAGGAGACGGCUCACACGGACCUCACCGUCUCGGUGGAGAACGAGUUGCCUUUUUUCAGCUGCAUAGUUAAGAAGAAAACGGCCACCGACUUAUGGGAAGUAAAUCUGGUAAAUGGUGAAGAGGGCGUUUCUGUUCAGUCCCAGGAGGUAAACGUCACUAUUGAAGUAGAAGAUGUAAACGACCCACCUGCGUUCCAUGUGACAGUGAAGGAGGCCAUGCUGGAGGAGAACAGUCCUGUUGGGACCCGGGUGACAGAGGUGACGGCCCACGACCACGACUCCAGCCACUCAAGUCGAUUUGUGUAUAAAAUCGGUGAUGAUCCAGCAGGGUGGGUGCAGGUCGACCCCAAAACGGGUGACAUCACAACAGUCAAAGUCAUUGACCGAGAAUCUCCCCAUGUUGUGAAUGGCAUCUACACAGUCCUCAUAUAUGCAGCAGACGAGGGAGAGCCACCAAUGACGGGGACGGCUACAGUGAACAUACAUGUAGCAGACAAGAACGACAACGUGCCCCAGCUGGAGGUGGACUUUGUGGAUGUGUGCAAGUCCGAAAACAUCACCACAACCAACAUCACAGCUUUUGACCUGGACAAUCCCCCAUUUGGAGGGCCGUUUACAUUUGAGCUUCUCGGAGAUGUUCAUGAUAAAUGGAGUCUAAACCCCUCUUAUGGUUACACUGCCGGUUUGGUGAAGGAGUCCACGGUGUUCGUGGGUCCACAUACACUCAGUCUGAAGGUCCUGGACCUGCAGGGACAGUUUGGCAUCCACAGCCUGAGGGUGACUGUCUGUGACUGCUCUCUUGCACCAAACUGUCGAACCCGCAGAGAAAGCACCCUCGCCGCCUCCUCUGUGGUAGUGGGCCUAGUGUUUUUAGCACUGCUGGUACUACUUGCUGGACUUCUGCUGGCUCUGUUUGUGACCUGUGAGAAAGACUUCAUGAUCCUGGAGCUUCCAGAUUCAGAGGGAACAAUGCUGUCCUCACACAUGGAGCAUCCGGGCACAGACUGCAAGGUUCCUUUAAACGUGUACGGCAUGUCCACGGAUGAGCACGCGUCCAGACAACACGACCAAGCCCAGCGCACAGACAUGGAUAUGGAACAAAACAUGGGAGGCAUGCAGUUAAUAGAUUAUAGUGAGCAAUUCUCAACGCAAGUUUCGCAGCAAUUUUACCAUGAAGGGAAUCAGUGGGAAAGGUUUGCUGAUAAAACAACAGGAGGCCAGCUUUAUAAACAGCAGCUGUCCAGAAAAGCACAUUUCAGGCACAACUCAAAGUCAGAAAUAAUCUGGAAAGAAGCCAUAAUGAUGCUGCUUCAUGAUAAGUUACUGUCACUGCAGGAGGCCGAGGAGCAGCUGCAGGAAGACUCUCUUCAUAUUUACAGAGAGGAGGGAGAAGACUGUACUUCAGAACUGGAACACAUUCCCAUCCCAGAGACAGACUCCAGCCACUAUCUGAACAACCUGAGCCCUGCUUUUAAGAGCCUUGCAGCCAUUUGUAGAGAACAUUCCAAAUGUUAA